AUGAAGGCUGUUUCUUUCCUCGCUGUUGCCGCUCUGGCUCCAGCUAUCAAGGCCCAGGCUAGUUUGUACCAGCAGUGUGGUGGCACUGGCUUUUCUGGAAGCACAACUUGCGUUUCAGGCGCAUACUGCUCUAAGGUCAACGACUCUGCUACAUCGGCUGCUCCUGCCCCAACAACAUUCAAGACCAGCAAGACUGUUGGCAGCCCAGCCACUGGAUCUUCGACUACCGGAAGCUCGGCGACAGGGACUGCUUCCCCAGGCGAUGGCUCAAACCCGCUCAAGGGCAAAAACUUCUACGCCAACUCGUACUACGCCUCUGAGAUCAAUAACUUGGCAGCUCCAUCUCUGGUCGCUGCUGGAAAUGCUGCUUUGGCUGCCAAAGCCAGCAAUGUGGCUAAGGUUGGCACCUUUUACUGGCUCGAUGUCCGUGCGAAGGUCCCCAUCAUCAGCACUUUCGCCAAGGACGUGCAGAAGCGCAACGCAGCCGGUGCCAACGAGGUCUUGCCGCUCGUAGUCUACGACUUGCCUGAGCGCGACUGUGCCGCUCUGGCUUCAAACGGUGAAUUGUCGCUGGCCAACAACGGCACUGCCUUGUACCAGGAGUACAUUGACAUGAUCGCGGCCCAGAUCAAGCAAUUCCCCGAUGUCACCUUCCUCCUUGUCGUUGAACCCGAUUCUCUGGCCAACCUGGUGACCAACCUGAACGUUGCCAAAUGCGCAAACGCCGCGACCGCAUACAAGACACUCACCGCAUACGCAAUCAAGACACUCAACCUGAAGAACGUGAUCAUGUACCUCGAUGCCGGUCAUGCAGGCUGGCUCGGCUGGACUGCGAACAUAGAGCCUGCCGCCGAACUCUUCGGAGCGCUCUACAAGUCCGCGGGAUCCCCAGCAGCAGUGCGCGGUCUCGUUACCAACGUCGCCAACUACAACGCCUGGAGCAUUGCCACAUGUCCUUCUUAUACCCAAGGCAACACCAACUGUGACGAGAAGAGAUACGUCAAUGCGCUCGCUCCUUUGCUCGUUAAGAAUGGCUUCCCUGCUCAUUUCCUUACUGACACCGGUCGCAACGGCGUGCAGCCCACCAAGCAACAAGCCUGGGGCGAUUGGUGCAACGUCAUCGGCACCGGCUUUGGUAUCCGACCCAGCUCUACGACUGACGACCCAUUGCUCGACGCAUACGUCUGGGUCAAGCCCGGUGGUGAAGGCGAUGGUACCUCCGAUACAAGCGCUGUACGAUACGAUGCGCACUGCGGAUACGCAGAUGCACUGAAGCCUGCGCCUGAGGCUGGAUCAUGGUUCCAGGCAUACUUUGUGCAGCUUCUGAGCAACGCAAGCCCCGCAUUUUAA